ACCUUGGGAAGCUUGUCCAUGGCAGCGCUAGUUUGGUGGUCUCGUUGGAGAUCAUAUCCACAGACGCUGGGACUUGAAGCUCAGAGACACCAACUCCUUGCAGCUGACACAGCAGCUGAUGUUCAGCGCUGUACGGCUGUCGGUCGUGGCAACGUGUCGGCGUCAGAUUUCUGGGCCAUCGCAAGCUCAGUUGCUGAAGGGUAUCCAGUUGCGUAUCACAAGUAUCUGCGCUUGCUUGCCUUGAGCCUCACAGGGUCGCUGCCCACCAUCAAUGCGGUUGGGAAGAAGACUUGGUUGGCCCGGUCCUGUGGAAACGACUGGCCCAAGACCGGAUACACUAUGGUGGGGUUCGCCAGGCUGAAGAACAUCGCCAAACUGGUGCUUGACGUGGUCUCCAACGGCAUUCAAGGGGACUUUGCGGAGCUGGGUGUGUGGAGGGGUGGAAGCUGCGUCUUCGCCAAGGCACUGUUCGACGUGCUCGGCGAGACCGAGCGCGGCGUCCAUCUUUUCGAUGUCUUUGCUCCCCUGGAAAACUAUCGUGGCAGUCAAGAUUUCCUUGCAGUCGACCAAAAGAUGGUUGAGCGAAGCUUUGACGUCUUCGGCGUCCGAGACGAGGGCGUCCAGUUUCACAAGGGCCUCUUCAAAGACAGCCUGAAGAAGUUUGCCGAGGAAAGCGACAGCUCUAAGCUGGCAAUUGCCAUUCUCCGGAUAGAUGCCAACUUCCAUGAUUCUUAUCAGGAUGCUCUCUACUACAUGUACGACUUCAUCCCUGUGGGUGGCUUCGUCAUCUUUGACGACAUCAUGACUCAUCCCGCGGCGAUGAACGCCUGGAAGGAGUUUAAGCAGGACCAGAACCUGGAUGAAACGCCAAUCCAGAUCGACAAGCACAGUGCAUAUUUUCAGAAGAAGAAGGCGAUCAAAGUCGACAGGUCGAAAAUGAGACCUUUCACAGACGCCAACAAGUGA